AUGCUACAAGCCGGCAAGAUGUCCGAAAUAGCGGAUGAGUGUAUGAAAUAUAAUAUUGACUUAGCAGCUCUACAAGAGAUACGCUUUGCGGAUCAUGGUGAGAUAAGAAAGAAAGCCUAUUCAAUUUUCUUCAGUGGUCCUAACAAACGAGGACAGCUAGGUGUGGGCUUUUACAUUGACAAAAAACUUAGAGAAAGUAUAAUGGAUUUCGAGCCAAUUAGUGAAAGACUCUGCCUCAUGAGACUCAAAGGAAGAUUUCAGAACAUAACAGUUGUAGCCGCGUAUGCGCCUACCGAUGUCUCAGACGAUUUUGCAAAAGACUCCUUCUAUGCAGAACUGGAAUAUGUGAUGUCAAAAUCAUGUAAAUAUGACAUAAAAAUGCUCCUCGGAGAUUUAAAUGCAAAGGUGGGAAACACCAAUAUUAGCAAAGACGUUGGGGGAAAGCACUCUCUACACGACGAAUCGAACGAUAAUGGUGCACGACUAAUAAAUUUUUGUCUAAGCAGCGGGCUGUGGAUAAGCAGCGUUUCUUUUCCACACAAGAAAAUUCAUAAGCAAACCUGGGAAAUGCCCGGAAGGAGAGGAUCGAACCAGAUAGAUCAUGUAUUGAUGGAUAAAAGACACGCAACCUCGGUCAUUUACGUCAGAUCGUUUAGAGGCGCAAACUGUGACUCUGACCACUACAUGGUCAUUGCCAGGAUAAGGCAAAAAAUUUCAAAUAUAGGCAACGAUCGCAGGUUCAAGAAAGUAAAAUGGAGUACUGAGCGAAUUUCAGCGGAUGAGAAAGAGCGUCGUGCAUACCAAGAAAUCAUAAAGAGUAAUCUAAUCGUAACAAAGGAAGACUCAGCAGAAACAAUCUGGGCUAAAGUAAAAAAUGCGGUUAUUGGAGCAGCUAAAGAGAAAAUAGGCACAAAAAGAUGCACCACAAAUGAGUGGUUCGAUGCAGAGUGUAAAGCAGCUAUUGAAACAAAAAACGAAGCGCGAAGAAAAUAUUUAAACAAACGAACAAGACAAAACCUACUUGAAUAUAACGAAAAAAGGCAAGCCGCAAAGAAAAUUAUAAAACAAAGGAAAAAACAGGACAUCAACAGCAAAGUUCAGCGUAUCGAGAAUGAUUUCAGUCAAGGAAAUGUAAGAAAUACGUACAGCGCAAUUAGAAGCCAAACAAAGACAUAUCAGCCACGAACAAAUUUGUGCAAAACCAAGGAAGGUGAAAUAAUAACAGAAAGAGAAAAAAUUUUGAAUAGAUGGCAAGAAUACUUUAGUGAUCUUCUGAAUAUAGAACAUGCAACAGACUACGGUCCACACUGUAUAGAUGAGACAUACUUUACAGCAGAAAACUUCAUAGAAGCACCGGGUCGUAACGAAGUGGUAGAAAGUCUGAAAAAGUUAAAAAAUAAUAAAAGCAGCGGAAGUGACCAAAUAAAUGCAGAACUUCUAAAAUACGGCGGUGAAGUACUCAAUAACAUGAUAACAUAA